CACGGGGCUCGGUCUUCAAGGCUCACGGAGAGCGAAUGUCGUCAUGAGCGAACAACAGGACAGUAUGGCCACCACUGUUGCUGUCAGUCCCAGUGAAUACCUUCAGCCCUCCACCGCUUCCUCACAAGACACCCAGCCCUCUCCUCUUGCUCUCUUGGCUGCCACCUGUAGUAAAAUCGGCCCUCCUGCUGCUCAGGCUCCUGUCACAUCUCCUCCUGCUCAGCCGCAGCCUCGCAGGCUCCUCCCCAUAAAGCCGGCUCCAAUCGCCCCCGCUCCACCCAAAAACCUCAGUUUCCUCUCAGCCAAAGGAAAUGUGAUCCAGCUGCCUGCGGGCCUGGGCUCCACGGCCCCUGGCAGUCCCAUAGUGCUCACUAUCCAGCAGGCCCCGGCCCGCACCAACACCUCAGCCCCCACCAACAUACAGUACCAGAUGAUGCCGCAGAUCCAAGGUGCCCAGACUAUCCAGGUGAUGCCACAGGGAGGUCAGAUCCAGCUCAUACCGGGCACCAACCAGGCCAUCAUCACCACACCCAUGACCGUACCGGCUCCCUCUGCCGCCACCACUCCCGUCACACCGCAGAAGACUGUAUCCAUCAAGCCCUGCCCCAGGUCGCGCAAGCCAAACUACUCUGCUGCUAACAUGGUGCAGCUGCCCGGCGGGCUCACGCUGCCACUCAACGUGGCGACCGGAGAGGUGGGCGGGACUCAAUUCAUCACAGAGAUGGCAGCUGCCCCUCCCACUCCAGGAAAGGGACGACGAGGGAGGAAGAAGAAAGUGGUUCUGGCUGCUUAUCCUCCGCCUCCUGCACAGGCUGUCUCUCCACCCCCCGAGCAGAUGGAGACCAUCCUGAUAGAAGCUGGCGACAACAUCAUUCAGGCAGGCAACAACCUACUGAUCGUGCAGAGUCCCGGGCAGCCAGCUACGGUGCAGCAGAUCCAGCUGGUCCAGUCCAAACCGGAGUCCCAGGUGGUUCAGAUCCCCCAGCAGGCGUUGAAGGUUGUGCAGGCCGCCUCCGCCACAUUACCGCCUGUCCCGCAGAGACAGUCUGUCCCCUCGGGCCUGCAGGUCACUCAAUCAGAGCCGACACCAACACAGAUCCUCUUUAAAACGGCUUCGGGCGAGUGGCAGUCUGUCCAGAUCCAGGACUCGAUCUCCACGACAACGACUCCCACCACCUCGCCGCUGGCCGGCAUCAAAAGGAUGCUGCCAGGGGGGCGGAAGGAACGGACUCUGGCAAAAAUUGCUCCGGCGGGGGGAAUGAUAUCGUUGAACACGUCGCAGCUCUCCUCAGCGACCCAGGCAGUGCAGACGAUCAGCAUCAACGGGGUCCAAGUUCAGGGAGUUCCUGUCACCAUCACCAACGCAGGAGGCCAGCAGCACCUCACGGUGCAGGCGAUGCAGGGCGGAGGCCUCCAGCUGGCAACAACGCCGGGUCAGCAGGCCAUCCAGGUAGACCAGACGCUCACCCUGGAGCUGCCCGGCCAGCCGGGAGAGAAGAAGCGACGCAUGGCCUGCACCUGCCCCAACUGUAAAGACGCAGAUAAGAGGCCCGGGGAGGUGGGGAAGAGGAAGCACAUCUGCCACGUCCCCGGCUGCGAGAAGACGUUCAGGAAAACGUCGCUGCUCAGAGCUCACGUCCGGCUGCACACCGGUGAAAGGCCCUUCGUCUGCAACUGGGUUUUCUGUGGGAAACGUUUCACGCGCAGCGACGAGCUGCAGCGGCACGCCAGGACGCACACAGGAGACAAGCGCUUCGAGUGCAGCCAGUGUCAGAAACGCUUCAUGAGGAGUGACCACCUGACGAAGCAUUACAAGACUCACAUAAACACCAAGAACCUGUGAGCCUGCUGUGUCCUGCAGACAGACUCUGAAACUAAAGACUGUAUUAGAGGAAAGGAGGGGCAGAGGAGACGACACCGAGGGAGUGUCUGUGACUUAUCCCGUUGUGGGAAAUACUCCAAAAAAAGGUCCCUAUACUCCCUCUCACUGCUCGAGGACACUGUAGCGUGGUGUACAAAGAAAUCCUUCCUGGUGGACUUCUAACUGAUCCAGCAAACUUAUUAAUAAUAGUUUAUCUUUGUUUUUUCCCCCUCUGGUCAGAACCAGCUCCGACUGAACGUGCGAGACGACGAGGCGGCCGGGCUUCAGACGCAGAUGCUUAACUCUGCUUAUUUAUAAACUUCUCUGGAGGAAGAACAUACUCAUAAUUAUUCAGACGCCAACACCACAGGACUUUAGUCGCUCUCCCCCCACACCUGCUUGGUUUUUACUUGUUUGUAGUGAAACAUUGUGAAAUCCCAGAAAUUGGCUUUAAAGAACCAAAAAAAAGGCAAAAAUUCAACACCAUUGUUUUGUAAAUUGAACAUAUGUUUUACCUCAGUGGAAUGGUUACUGUGUUUAUACGUCUUUGUGUUUCAGCAGGAGGCUGAUUUAAAUCCUGUACACCCCCCAAAAUAUUUAGGGACUAUUACAUAAAAACUUUCCUUACAGACUUUUGAAAACGUUUAGAAGUUUACAUCGGCUAUUAAAGUGUGUGUAUGCAUACUAUUAUACAUACCAUUAAUAAUGAUAUUAAACUAUAACAUUUGUUCCAUACAAUUGUUAGAAAUUGAUAUGAAUUGAUAUUAAGUUUGUAGAAAAACGAGACGGGAGACUUAAAGUUUUACAGCAGAAAUACAAAGUAUGUAAAAAUAAACAUUUUCUGAUUUGCUUUGAGGGUACUGAUCGGGCUGAGCGCUUACAGCAGACUCGCGGCCGGACGUCUGAUGUGUCAAAGCUCAGCGUGGAAGGAGCUCAAUAUGCAGUUCAGGGCCAGAAGUCACGGUGCCUUAAAAGUGUUCACUCAAACAAACUGGAAGAAAUAAAAAGUGAAGGGGUGAACGUGAUAUGUUGCUGAAGACUGCUGUGGGCUAAAUACAGAAACAAAAGAUUAUUAUCUUUGGAGAUACAGUUUGCUUAAACCGAAGUAAGCGCGACUGAACAUUAAAUGUCAGUCAAACUUUGUAAAGCUUUGCAAAGUUUCAAAUAUUGUCUGGUUGAUGGAGAGUUAUCGAUCAGUUUUGAUUAACAUAAGUUAAUGAAAGGCCAUCCUGAUGCUCUUAAAGGGGCUCAAGUCUCCAUCAGGAUUAGUAUCAUGUCACAAAGUGCAAACAUGAAACUGGAGAAUGAUGGAGGACCCAGGGUUGAGCCUUGUGGAACACCUGAUAUGACCAUAUCAUAUCUGACGGGGUCAAAGGUGAAGCAGGAUGUCACCUGAAGUUGUCUCUAACUUCUCAGGUCUGGCAUUCUUCAGACGUGCUCAUUAAAGACGGAGGAAACGCAGUGAAGCACCUUCACUUUUUCUUUUAAGGCUCGACAUGUUUUCUUUUCUUAACAGAUGAAACGUUUGUGGCAGACGCAUCAAUAACCUGAUGAGUUCACACAUGAAUCUGUAUACUACCUAACAUUCUCUACCUUUUCUAGAGAAGAACUGCGAAACCUUUGAACUUUCUGGAGAGCUUCUUCAUGUCUUGUGUUGUGAAGGGGCGACAGAGUUGAUAACCCUGAAACAAGUCCACGACCUAAGGUCAAAGAAGUCUCUUGAGUCUCCAGGUGCUACGGAUUUACUUCAGUGAAAUGUGAUCGAUCAGCUGUUUGAUAAACACGCUCACGCCCUCUUGUUUCCUCUGAAAUCCAAACCAGGUUGCUACAUAGUUGGUUAUCAAUGUUGGAUACCACAACAGGUACGCUUACGUCUAGGGCUGGGUAUCGAAGCUGUCAAGUAUGGAGAGUUGGCAACAUUUGGCCAUCUUCUUUUAACUUGUUCUUUUAUCUCAUGGUUCCUGGUUUAAAUCAGAGCUCUGGUAGUUUUAGACGAUGUUCUGUUGAGUUCUUGAACGGCUGCUCGUGUUUUUAAACAUUUCUUUUUAACAUCAACUUAACCUAUACUGCUUUUAACCGGAAACGUUUUCUGUUGUUGUUUUUUUUACCUGAAAGGUUUGAGUAUUCAUUAUGGCGUAAUAUUUUAGAUAAAUGUUUAUACUUCACCAAGUAAGGUAUCAAAAGAAGUAUGAUACCCAGCCCUACUUACACUGUGUGUACUAAUAAAUAAGUAACUAAAUUCCAGGGUAACUCUGCUAUUCUGCUUUACUCACGGUAUUAUUUUGAUUUGAGGAUUUGUAGCCUAUGCAUUGCUGUAUGUAUAUAUAUAUAUAUAUAUAUAUAUGAUCAGAUUUCCAAUUAUUUGGCCUAACUUGACAAUCACGUGCCGAGAUGAAAACGAUCUUUCUCAGGCCUUUGAUUCGUUACUUUGUACAUGAGUUUUCCAGCUAUGUGAUAGCUUUAAUUCUGAAUUAACACGUGAGACGUUUUUGUUGAUAUACAGAUGACCAGCAUUAGGCCUACUGUACAGUAUUCACAUACUUUAAUGUCUUUUGCUUUACAGAAACAUUGUUGAUCAUAUCGUUGAACUAAUGAAGAUUUACUGACCGGUGGCUAACGUGUUAUCAGCCAGUUUGAACUCUGAACACCUACUUAUUGUUAAAAGGGCUUUUUGGUCAAAUGAGCACCGUGCCGUCAGACAGCAGGUAGCGGCUUCACCGCUGUGUUGAGUUUUCACUGUGGCGUGUUUUAAUACUGUGACAUACACGUGGACGGUGCUGCUUUGCUAAACAUCCAACAACCGCUUUGACCAAAAAGCUAAAAGUCAGAUUUAUUUUUAAAGCACUUUGAAACAGUUUCCCUCAAAGUGCUUCACAGGCGGCGACGGAUAAACGUGAAGCUUACAUGUAGGUGGCCAAUAUUUGGUGUAUCUUUUCAAGACUGUGUCUGAAGACAUGCAAUGCCAUUGGGGACGGAUAGACAGCCUGCUCAUAUUUAUGUUUGUAUUUCAUGUCUGCAUAUGUAAAUACAGUGUGUGUCUGGUAGACACCGUACAUGUAGGGUAUUAAAACACAAGUUAAGCUGCCUAGUGUUGCGGUUGGCGUGGCCGGCCCUGAAGGAAAUGGACUUUGUACAGUGUGUAAGGAAUAAAAUAUAAUGUGACAUUGUAUAGCUUCAUUCCUGCUUUGUAUAAGACUUCUAGAUCUUUUUUCUAUUGAAUUAAAGAUGCCUUAGACAGCUGCACCCAGUAUUCAAAGAUGUCCCCCCCCCCCCUGUCUAAUUCCAGGUAACAACAUUUGUAAAAUUCCUUUUGUGUUUUUAACUUGUGUUACAUGCUCAUGUAAUGUGCACUGAUUUAAAAUCCCAGGUUCCAAAAGUUUAAAUUUGAUCUUUAUUGUAAUGAAAAAAUAAUGAGAUUUUCCAAAUUGAGUUUAUUGCUUGGUUUCGGUGAAUGAAACGCGUCUCCCUCCCCAGGCCUACAUGUCACUAUGUUCUGCAGCCAGUUGUUGUGUUUAUAUGGAGAACCCAGAGAACCAGCAAUUCAUUUUAUAACUUGUGUAAAGUUGCUAACACAUAAAGUUUGCUCCUUUUCUACAGUCACCCCCUCAAUAAACAACUCAAAACAUU